GUCGAAUGUAUGCAAAACAUAAACUGGCGCCUCUCUCUCUCUCUCUCCUUCUUCUUCUCCACUUCCCAGUUAUUCCGGGACGAGAUUUUAUUAUCUCUCAAAAUCUUUUUCUUUUCUCCACCCAAAUAUAAAAUCAAUAAAAAAGAUAAAAACUUUAAUUUCAUACCUAAGCAAACAGUAUUUCGACUCGAGUUUUGAGAAUAUCCUUACUUUGAAAUAUCAAUUUUACUUUUUGUUAGCGCCGAGAGAGACUUGUCUAGGGUUUAUUCUCAGAUUCUGCUUCUCCUUUGCUCUGAUCUUUUCUUCAUCGAGCUCUAAUGGCUGGGCGAUCAUGGCUGAUCGAUAGCAACCGGAUUGCAACGAAGAUUAUGAGUGCAUCGGCUAGUUCCGAUCCUCGCCAAGUGGUGUGGAAGAGCAACCCGUCAAGACAUUGUCCCAAGUGUCAACAUGUCAUUGACAACAGUGAUGUUGUUGAUGAUUGGCCAGGAUUGCCUCGAGGUGUGAAAUUUGAUCCAUCUGAUCCUGAGAUCAUAUGGCAUUUGCUAGCCAAAUCUGGUUUGUCAGGGUUAAGCUCACACCCUUUCAUUGAUGAGUUCAUCCCAACCGUCAAUCAAGAUGAUGGAAUCUGUUACACUCAUCCUAAGAAUUUACCAGGUGUUAAGAGUGAUGGGACGGUGUCUCACUUCUUCCAUAAAGCAAUCAAAGCUUAUAGCACAGGAACUCGAAAGCGUAGAAAGAUUCACGACGAUGAUUUUGGCGAUGUGCGCUGGCAUAAGACAGGAAGAACGAAACCGGUUGUGUUGGAUGGUGUUCAAAGAGGUUGCAAGAAGAUAAUGGUUCUCUAUGGCGGAAAAGCUGUGAAAACCAACUGGGUGAUGCACCAAUACCAUUUGGGAAUAGAAGAAGACGAGAAGGAAGGUGAUUAUGUUGUUUCUAAGAUUUUCUACCAGCAGCCACAACAGCUAGUAGUCAAGCGAGGUGAUAAAGCUGAACAGGAAGUCUCUGAGGAUAUCUUUGCUGCAGUGACUCCAACAGCGGAUCCUGUCACUCCAAAAUUAGCUACACCUGAGCCUCGAAAUGCUGUGCGAAUUUGCUCUGAUUCUCACAUUGCCAGUGACUAUGUUACUCCCAGUGACUAUGUAUCUGCCCAUGAGGUUUCUCUUGCCGAGACAUCCGAGGUAAUGUGUAUGGAAGAUGAGGUUCAGAGUAUUCAACCUAAUCAUGAAAGACCAAGUUCUGGGCCUGAGCUGGAGCACGGACUUGAAAACGGAGCAAAAGAAAUGUUAGAUGAUAAAGAGGAGCAAGAGAAGGAUAGAGACAAUGAAAACCAAGGUGAGGAAGAUCCGACGUGGUUUGACAGUGGAUCUCAGUUUAUCUUGAAUUCGCAACAGCUUGUGGAAGCCUUGUCUCUUUGCGACGAUCUCUUGGGAUCACAGGACAGGGAGGAAAACACAAACAGUGGAAGCUUAAAGGAUAAACAACCAUGUAUUGCGGAUUACGCACACCUAGGACCAGAAGACUUCAAACGUGAUCUGGAGGAAUGUCAGAAAAUCGUUCUUGAUCCCUCUAACAUAGAGCUUGAUACUCCACCUGAGUUUCGUCUGAGCCAGCUGGAAUUUGGAUCACAGGACAGCUUUCUCGCUUGGGGGACUGGAAAGACUGAUUGACUAAACAAAACUACCACGAGCUUAAGACCUUGGAACUCAUUGAUUCUUUUUGGUUGGCAACACACUGCCACGCUGCUGUAAUAUGGUAGUUUCCUUUGCGCAUCAAGGGCUUGAUUCAAACUGUUUUUUUGGUUUUUUGUUUUGGGAUUUAGAAGAACUACUUUUGGAACGUGUUUCUGAUCUUAGAUGCAAUGUCCGUAUGUAAAUAUGAUGCUUUUGAUGGGUUUUAUUAGUCCAAAAAUGUGGAAUCUGGAUGUAUGGAUUAUAUUCAGAAUUUCACUAUGAAACUUUCUUACAAAACUCUCGUUCCUUGCUCAACUAACACCAACUACAACCUAGGCCAUUUUAAA